UUUUACUCUAUGGUACACUGGGAUGGUCAAUUUUAUUUUUAUAAAUUGUGAUUCUGAUUUGUUCUAAGUAAGAAUUAAAUAACAUAAUAAUCCGUUUUUAAAUAUAACAUAACAAUGUCGUCAAUUACUCAGAUAAGUCGUCUGAGUAAUUACGUGGUAGGAAGCUAUAAAACUGUUCUACAUACAAGGGCGAACUGGUUAAACAAUAUACAAGUAUGUAGUUACACUAAAAAGUCAGCUGAAGAGAAAUUGGGGAUAGAAAAACCUAAAAGGCCAUUGACACCUUUUUUUAAAUUCAUGAGUCAAAUGCGGCCAGCACUUCUAGCUAAAAAUCCUGGCAUAACAUCUAAGGAGUCUAUUGCAUGGAUGUCAAAACACUGGCAACAACUUGAUAGUGAGACAAAGGCGCAAAUGGUAAAAGAAUAUGAAAAAGAUCAGGAGGAUUAUAAAAAGAUAAAGGAAUUGUAUGAAGCAUCAUUGACGGAGCAACAGAAAGAAGACAUAAAGAAACUUAAAGCUGAAAUGUCUGCAGCUAAAGAGAAGAGAAAACUAAAAGCCGAAUUAAAAGAAAUGGGAAAACCGAAAAAACCAAUGUCUUCCUACUUUCUAUUUAUACAGACAAAAAAAGAUCUUUUACAAGGUAACAGUAUGAAGGAGUACCAAGAACAGAUAAAAAAGGAUUGGUUAAAGUUGCCUGAAAGUGAAAGAGUGAAGUAUGAAAAACAAGCACAAUUGCUUAUGGAUAAAUACAAAAAAGAUCUAGAAGCUUGGGAGAUGAAAAUGAUUGCUAUUGGCCGUACAGAUUUGGUGCGACAGAAACCAAUACGACAACCGAAGAAAUCGAAAUCAGUAAAAGAACAAUAGGAAAUCGGGUGCUCUGACGAUUUUAUUGACUUAAAACAUACGGAAAACAUUGAUGUAAAAUAUAUUGAGGAACAAACAAGUAUUUUGACACAAACC